AUGGCUCCGUGUCGUACGUUGGUUUGGCUCUGUCUUGUUCUGUUUCUGAUGGCGAGUAGUUCUCGUGCGGCCGCCGCAAGAAUCGAAGCGACCAAAGAGAUGAAGAUGAUGAAGAAUAGAAAGAGCUUAGGGUUUGAAUACGUCCAUAUUUUUGGUUACUUGCCCAAAGGUGUUCCCAUUCCUCCUUCAGGUCCUUCUAAGAGACACAACUCUCUUAUUAGAUGA